AUGUAUAAUAGUUUAUGUCCAAAAUUAGAACGUAUAAUCAAAGAAUAUGAUAAUGCUAAAGAUCCUGAAUCAACAGAGAUUGGAAAACAGUUUACCCAACUGCAAAAGACAAUGUUCGAAAACAAUGUUUGCACAUGCAACGAGGGUGCUAAACCCGCUAAUCGUUUAAAAAAUCGUUACAAAGAUAUUCUUCCAUGUUAG